AUGGAGAGCAAGGCUGACGUUGUUGCCCUCGCGGCGCCAGUCGCCGAGAAGCCCAAAGGUCAGGGUUCGGCGAACUACAGCCGCGCAGUGGCGCUGCUGCACCAGCACGACGCCGACUACACCGCGCCAGAGCUGCCCUUCCCGCUGUUCUCGCCCGCCCUCGAGGCCGAGUGGGCCAAGAACGGCCCUCCCGCGUUCGGCGCCGAGAUGAGGAAGUGGUUCCACUUCAAGGAGGGCGUGCACUUCCUCAACCACGGCUCCUACGGGGCCAUGCCGCGUCCGGUCAAGCAGAUCCACGCCCAGUGGCUUGAUCACGUGGAGGAGCAGCCGUGCCGCUGGUUCAACUGCGAACUGUUUCCGCUCAUCAGCCACGCCGUGCGCGGUCUGGCCAAGUUCAUUGGGGCGAAACCGCACGAGGUGGUGUUCGCUCGGAAUGCUACGACUGCCAUCAACGCCAUCCUCCGGUCGUUCCCCUUCCAGUUGGGCGACGCGCUGCUCUGCAUGAACUUCACCUACGGCGCCAUCAAGAAGACCCUCCAGUAUGUGCUGCCCCGGCAGAAGGUGGAUAUCAUCGAAGUCCAAAUCGACAGCCAUCCCACCGGCCGACAGGUGAUCGACAAGAUCAAGGAGGCGCUGGAGAACGACAAGGAGAAGAAGAUCCGGGUGGUGCUGCUCGACCACAUCAUCUCCCCGCUGGGCAUGAAAGAGUUGGUGGAGCUCAUACACGCGCACGGCGCGAGGGCGUUGGUCGAUGGCGCGCACGUGGUGGGCCAGGUUCCGCUCAACCUCCACGAACUCAAUGCCGACUACUUCGUCUCCAACUGUCACAAGUGGCUCUACGCGCCCCGUGGCUGCGCGUUCGCCUGGGUGAAGGAGGAGCUCCACAAGGAGGUGCGACCGGCGGUCAUCUCUCACGGCUACGACCAGGGCUUCCACUCAGAGUUCAUCUGGCAAGCGACGGACGACUACACGCCGUUCCUGUCGGUGGUGAGCGCGAUCAAGUUCGUCGAGCUCUGUGGUGCGGAGAAGAUCAUGGCCUACAGCAACGAACUGGUGACCGACGCAGCCAACGAGUUGGCCAAGGCGUGGGAUACGGAGGUGGUGGUGCCGCCAGCCGACUUUGCGGCCAUGGCGCUGAUCCGCAUGCCGAAGCCCGCGCACCACGACGAGGACGGCCAAGGCGCCGACGCCAUCUGCCAACUGCUCUGGGACGACUUCAAGAUCGAGGCGAUGAUCUUCCCCCUGCCGGAGCUGGGCCUGGUGGUGCGCAUCUCGGGCCAGAUCUACCUCGAGAAGCAGGACUACGCCCACUUCGCCGACGCCGUGCUGACCCUCAUCCGUGAGGGUCGCUACUAG